CUUUCUUUUUCACACUUCAUCCCCGCAAUCCACACCUCAGCAGGAGUGAAAGGAGUCAACACAACAUGAGUUCUUCAUCCUCCACUCUACAGCUCUGGAAGGAGUACCGAAUCCCCCUGGUCUGCAUGGCCGUCGGAAUCGCCACUCUCUCCAUCCUCCUCGCCAACAAGAACAAAUCCUCUCCGGACGACUCUCAGGGUCCAACUCACCCCAAUAAUUCCCACGGCAGACGGCCUCAAAGCAAGGUCGAGGAGCUCGUCCAGGAUAUGGAACAGGACCCCACCAUACCAGAACUAUCUCCUGAAGCCGUCGAUCGUGUUGUGGAGCAUGCCACUCCUGAGCAAAAGCCCUAUCAGCACCAGGGGCUCAAAAAGGAAGUCUACCGUAGGUUGCCCAAGGUCAUCCGCAAAAAGCCCAAGAAAAAGCAGGCCGAAAUGGACGCAACCGCUACCGACUCUGGAUGUUGUGGUGGGAAGAAUAAGCCUGAGGGAGACAACUCGACUGGCUGCUGCGGCGGAAAGUACAAGGACACUAGCAACAACAAUGUCUCUGCUCCAGCCCAUGCCUGUGCAUGCUCCUCAUCAACAACUUUGACUCCGCCCCCAGUUCUCACUCAACUCGAUCCAUUGCUCCUGCCUCUGCUCGUUGAGCCCAUGAAGAUCUUCUACUCGACUAUUACUGGAACUGCAAAGUUGUUUGCACAGCAGCUAGCUCAAUCUGCAACUGAUCACGGACUUCCGGAACCCAAGGUGAUUGACAUUGUGGAUUAUGAUACGGAGGAUUUUUUGUCAGAGUCCAGCCUUUGCGUUUUUAUUCUGUCGACCUACAACGUUGAGGGACCCAAUGACUGGUUCCUAAAGUGGUUGGAGGACACUCGUUUCGAUUGGCGUGUGCAGAAGGAGUCCUUGAACAAACUCAAGUUCUCGGUCUUUGGUUUGGGCGACUCGGCAUACACUGAAGAGUUCUGUAACGGCCCUCGAUCAGCGGAUAAGUGGCUCGGACAGAUGGGAGCCCAGCGUGUCUGGCCUCUUGGCGAAGGAGACAAGAACGGAGACCAGGGAGGCUCAUUCAAGCAAUGGAACGAUGCCUUGUUGGCCUCGCUUUUGGAUCCCACUCAGAGCCACACACAUGAGGCAUACUUUUCCUCGGACGAGGAAGACGGUGCCUCUGCCUCGGAACACGAUGAUGACGAUGCCGAGCUGGACGAGGAUGGUGAACCCGUACGAAAGACCAAGGAGGAAAAGCUCGGACUCCCCACGAUCGACGGUGGCAAUGCUUCGGAGGGUGAGAUGGUCGAUCUUGAGGAUAUGGGAAAUGUUGCACGCAAGAUCAAACAGGCCAAGGAGGACAAGGCCCUUGAUGAGGAGGCCUAUGCAAACCAGAAGGUCCGAGCUAAACGUGCUGUAGGUGAGACCAAGGAUGGCAAGGCGAUCAAGCCUCGCGAGGUUCGCGAGAUGGUCAGUCCUCUGUUGUACAAAUCCUUGACGAAACAGGGCUAUAAGAUUAUUGGAUCGCACUCUGGAGUCAAGAUCUGUCGCUGGACCAAGGCUGCUCUGCGUGGACGCGGAUUCUGUUAUAAGCACUCGUUUUACGGGAUUCAGUCCCAUUUGUGCAUGGAGACGACGCCUUCCCUGGCUUGUGCCAACAAGUGUGUUUUCUGCUGGAGACACCAUACAAAUCCCGUUGGAACUGAGUGGAGAUGGAAGGUGGACGAUCCCGAGUUCAUUCUGGAGGGCGCCUUGGAGAACCAUUACGGCAUGCUGAAGCAGCUCAAGGGUGUUCCAGGAGUCCGUGCAGAUCGCUUUGUAGAGGCGACCCAGGUCAAGCAUUGUGCCUUGUCCCUGGUCGGGGAACCGAUCUUUUACCCCCACAUCAACGAAUUCGUGAAGCUAUUGCAUAAGAAGCGUAUCUCAUCCUUCUUGGUCACCAACGCCCAGUUCCCCGAUGCCAUUGCCAACAUGGAUCCCGUUACACAACUGUAUGUCAGCGUGGACGCCUCGACCAAGGAAUCUCUCAAGAAGAUUGACCGUCCCCUGUUCCGCGACUUUUGGGAGCGGUUCCUUGAUAGUUUGGAUGCCCUUGGGAAGAAGGGACAGCGCACAGUCUACAGAUUGACCCUUGUUAAGGACUUCAACACGGACGAAAUUGCCAACUAUGUCGAGCUCAUCCGUCGCGGUCAGCCCGAUUUUAUCGAAAUCAAGGGAGUGACCUACUGUGGAUACGGAGGUGCCUCUGGCCUCACCAUGGCUAACGUUCCCUACCAUGCAGAAGUAGUCCGGUUUGUCGAACUGAUCCAGGAGCAAUUGGGCGCGGGAUAUGAGAUUGCGGCCGAACACGCACAUUCGUGCUCGAUCUUGGUUGCGUCCACAAAGUUCAAGAAGGGCGACAAAUGGUACACACAUAUUGACUACGACAAGUUCUUUGAUCUGGUCGAAUCGGGCGAGAAGUUCACGAGUCUGGAUUACAUGGCUGAGACACCCUCAUGGGCGUACUUUGGUGCACCUGAGGGUGGAUUUGACCCGGAAGAGACGCGGUACUUUAGGAAGACCAAGGAGCAGCGCAAGGUGGAAAGGGAACGACGUGAAGACGAGGAAGAGAAUCAGUAAAGGACACACAGGAGCAUUUAUUUUAGUAUCAAUGUAUAUCAGUGUACUCUCAUUCAUUUUCAACGAAAAUUUCCUUUUGAUGCUCGCCAAUGAGACCAUAUGAGUAAUUUAAACGAUAU